GUAUGAUAGGAGACAAAGUCUUCGAUGAAAAGAGAGAUAGAGAGAGAGAAAGAUAUCUAGAAAGAGAGAGCACUUUUGGUUUCGUUGGAUUCAUUCUCCAUGGCGGAAGGAAUUCCCAUUUUACAGUGAGCAAAACAGUGGAAAAAAAAGAAACAUCUUCCCCCUCACUCAAAACAUGUUUAAUGGAAUUCCAGACCAUUUCUACCAGUUCAUAGAUUCAAGAACAUCUCUCCCUCUCUCUCUUCCCCUUCAUGUCUCCCCUUCACCUUGCUUCUCACCUCUCGAUCCCCCUCCUUCCCAUCCUCAACAACAACAACAACAUCAUGAACUCAUCUUUCAAUCUCAUCUUCCUCUUCUCCAACCCCACCACCACCAAUUGCACCGGCAAUCACCCACAGUCGAAGAUGAAGAAGAAGAAGAAGAAGAAGAAGAGCAAGUGGAGGAAGAGAGGGAGCUCCAUGGCUUGAACUUGAAACCCACUUCCCAACUAGCAGAUCCUUGGACUGAAGAAGAGAUACUUGCACUGUGGAGGGUCAGAUCUAGCAUCCAAUCCGGCUUCACCGACUUCGUAUGGGAAAAUGUUUCAAGGAAGCUUGCAGAGCUUGGGUUCAAAAGGAGUGCAGAGAAAUGCAAAGAGAAGUAUGAUGAGCUCAGCAAAUACUGCAACAACAACGACAACACUAGCUAUAGUAAGAAUUACAGGUACUUUAAUGAGCUUGAAGCUCUAUAUGAAGGGGCAAAUAACCCCAAGACAUCAGUUGAAAAGAUGGUAAUGAGUGAUAAAGAAGGUGCAAAGAUGAAAAUCGAUUCUGAAGAGAACUCAGGAAAUGAAACCUUAGUAAACCCUACUGUCGAAAAGGAAUGUGUGAUCAGAAACUCAAGAAUGAAGAAGAGGAAAAGACACAAGAAAUUUAAAUUGCUCAAGAGAUUCUGUGAGGAAAUUGUGAACAAGAUCAUGGUCCAGCAAGAGGAACUGCAAAACAAGCUUCUUCAAGACAUGGAGAGGAAAGAAGAAGAGAGGAUGGCUAGAGAAGAAGUGAGGAGAAGACAAGAGAUGGCUAGGAUGGAUAGGGAGAUUGAGCUUAGAGCCCGUGAACAAGCUAUUGUAUGCAAUAGAGAGACCACUAUAAUUGAAUUCCUGAAGAACUUUGGUUCAUGUCCAUCUCAAUUCCAAGGCCUCUUUUUGAGAAAAGAUCUUCCAUUACAAUACCCUGAUCAAGUUCCCACUUCAUCUACAAGGGUCUUAGCUCCUCAAAACCCUACUUCUUUGCCAACCCAGAUCAAUCCUCCAGACAUUCCCAGUUCUUCAUCAACUCCUGAUCUAACCCCACAAAACCCAGAAUCCCUUACCACCCAAGAAAACCCACCUCCCCAAAACCCUAAUUACACAUCCAGUGAUAAAGAAGACCAUGGCAAAAGAUGGCCAAGAAAUGAGGUGUACUCUUUGAUAAACCUCAGGUGCAAUCUCCACAGCAGUGGUGAAGACAAAGAAGGAUCAAACUCAAAGAUUCCACUAUGGGAGAGAAUCUCAAAAGGGAUGCUGGAGUUGGGUUACAAGAGGAGUGCUAAAAGGUGCAAAGAGAAAUGGGAGAACAUAAACAAGUACUUCAGGAAAACCAGAGAUGCAAACAAGAAAAGGUCUCCUGACUCCAAAACUUGUCCUUAUUUCCAUCAACUUAGCAGUUUGUACAAUCAAGGUAAACUUGCCCUACCUUCUGAAGGACCUGAAAACCAUCCGGGUUCACCUGAAAAUCGCUCGGAAUCGCCAGUGACUCAUUUCAGAUUACCUAAGAAUGGUUUAGACGAAACCAUUGCUCAUAUUGAUGAAGGUAAGUAGACUUCAGCCCAGUUACCCCCCUUAGAAUUUGAAUACUAAUAAUUAGGAAAAGGGAAAUCUCCUCCUUUAAUCUCUCUCAUAAUCAUUGUGGUUACUGUAUCUUCUUAAUUUUCUGUUAUUAUUUGAAUAAUUAAUGUACUAUUGUGGAGAAAUAAUUUUUAGUUAAGCA